AUGGUGGAUAAGUGGCUGGAUAAAGUUGACCGUUUGGCAGAGCGCUAUCACUGGGAUGACGAUGCCAUUCUACGACUGAUUUCUGGAAGACUGCGAGGCAAUGCCCGUCAGUGGUACGAAGAAAAUGUGGACUACGACUCCAGUUGGGAUGAAAUUAAAAGAUCAAUGAGCCAGCACUUUCGUAAGUCCGUCCCAUUUUCUAAAUUAUUCAAAGAUGCCGCUAACUACGACGCAUCACCAGGGCAAAAUUUAGGCGAUUAUUGUUUCAAAAAACUGUCCAAAUUGAGAGCACUCAAUAUACAAAUACCUGAUCCCUAUUUGAUUGAUGCAGUGAUUGGUGGUAUCAGGGAUGAAAACAUAGCAAGAACGGUCAGGGCUGCACAACAUACGGACGCAAAUGCUCUAUAUGCUUACUUAAACACUGUAGGCGAAAUGCCUCAAGAAAAAAAAGUCCUCAUCUUAAUAGUGGAAAUUUUCAGCCGUCAACGUCGUUCAGAUCUGGUUAUGGCAAUCGUAAUAAAAAGGAAGUCAAUAAGCCUUCAGGCUCGCGCCCAACAUGUUUUAAUUGCGGUAUUCCGGGCCAUAUUUCAUCCAGUUGCAGAAAGCCACGCGUGGAAUGUACCAACUGUAAAAGAUUGGGACAUCUUAAAGAAAAGUGCCCUUUUCCGCGUAAGGAAGUGCAUCAAGUUGAAGCACUAA